GCACUGUGCAAAACCCAUCCACUCCACUGCCUCUUCGUCCCGGCGAUGAGCUGGUAGAAGCUGCGUACGUCGUCGGAAAGGCGCUGGUACGCCACGACACCAUGGCGACGACGGCGCAAACCCCUUCGGCCACCUCCGAGUCCUCCUCCGCACCGAAGCUGUUAAAGAAGGCCAGCACCAGCGAUACGAAGGCGCUCACGCCCACGCAGACCGAAUUUGGGUGCUCGCAUACGAAGAGCCUGCUGACCAGUGCACGGCAAGGCGCCAUCACGGGAUAUCAAAAAGCGAUCACGUCGCUACAGAAAGAGGACAACUUGAGCUGGGCGCUGUACAAGGGAUCAAAUGGACCUGCGGUGACAGGUGCGGUGACGUACCUCUGUCUGCAAUGUCCCAAUGUCAGCGUGACGAGGGACCCGCAUCGCAAAGACCAUCUCUUCGCCGUGGAGUCUGCGAACGGCUUCCUCUACUGCCAUAUGUGCAAAGACUUCGUCUAUGACCCCGCCUUCGAGACCAUCCGAUCCCCGCCCUCCAAGAAGCGAAAGUUCUCUAUGCUGACGGACGAGAACGAUAAGAAGCUGGUUUCGGGCAAUACUGCGACGACACCAUGUGCUGCAACAGGUCUGAGAGGGUUAUAUAACAUGGGUCAGACAUGCUUCAUGUCUGUGAUCCUCCAAUCGCUUAUUCACAACCCAUUCAUCCGCACAUACUACCUCUCCGAGGGGCAUCGAUCCUCCGAAUGCGAACGCGAAGCAUGCACUUCUUGUGCCCUUGACGAUAUGUUCACCGAUUUCUACGGCGCCGAAAAACACGAGGGAUACGGUGCAGUGCAUAUGCUACAAGGCUGCUGGAAAAAUGGAGGGAAUCUGGCUGGGUACAGCCAGCAAGAUGCACACGAAUACCUCGGAUUCAUACUUAAUAGCCUGCACGAGGCGAAUACGGAAGAUGAGGAGAAGAAAGAUGCGAAAAAUUGCGAGUGCGUGGUACACCAAACGUUCGGAGGAAUGAUGCGGAGCACAGUGACGUGCGGCACAUGCAAAACUGCGAACAGCACAUCAGAAGCUUUCAUGGACCUCAGUCUCGAUGUGAAGAGCGCUGGCGUUGUGGUCAAAAAGAAGAAGCUUGCACUCACGGGCGCUACUCAGACUGUGAAGGAGCAGAUCCCGGUGGAGCUGGUCGAAUGCCUGGACCGAUAUACAUCAGCCGAGACGUUGUCGAGCGAAAACUACACCUGCCGCAAAUGCGACGGGCCCAAGGAAGCCAAGAAGAAGCUCUCGUUGACUCGUCUGCCACCAGUCAUCCCCAUCCACUUCAAACGCUUUUCGCAUUCAAAAUCCAGCAAAGAGAGUCAAAAGGUCGACACCAAAGUCCGGUUCCCAUUCGUGUUGGACAUGUCACCAUACGUCAGCAAAUCUGGUGCAGGAAGCAAGGAAGGCACAAAUGGCGACUCGAAAAAGGAUGACGAUGACGACGAAAGCAAAACAUCCAGCAAAGAUAAAGACGCUGCCGACGAAGCACCCGUCGAGCCCGAAGCUCCAAUCUACGAGCUCUCUUCCGUCGUCGUGCAUAAGGGCAAAAUCGACAGCGGGCAUUACAUUUCAUACUCGAAGCAGGACGACGAGUGGUUUCGGUUGGAUGAUAGUAUGGUGGUACUGGUGGACGAGAAAGAGGUCCUGAAUGCCGAGGCGUACAUGCUAUUCUACGUGGUGCAGGAGUUUUGAGGACGAGAAGACAUAUUCUUCGUGAAGAGCAGAGUAGCCAGGAUUUCUGGUGACAAGUGCAUUUUUGGAGGGGAAGUCUCAAGGGGGGCGGAUAUACUUCAAAUUUUUCUCAACAGGACGCCGAGGAUGCGGAGUUUCCUACUUCUUAGAUCUGUGCUGUACGCAGACAGAGAGGGAGCGUGCAUGGCGCUGGGGUGGGAACGGGCAUUGCGUAUCAUAUUCUACAGGAGCAGAAAUGAGAUGUGGCCUUUGUCACUUGAUCGGUC